AUGACAGAUUUAGAUAACAAAAAUAGCCAUGCAGUCCAACAAAUUGAAAUCCCAGCAGUUUUAGCCCAUCUACCUCAAAAGCACAUUAAGUAUAGUUUUUAUUUUUAAACAUUGCACAAUGAAAGACAAGCAGUCUGGGCAAAUGAAAAAAAAGAAAAUACACAAAGCCUUCAGAUCAAGAUACAAUAAUAACCUUUUACACAGAAAUCAUUGUUUGGACAGGGUCCUCAGUCUGAAGUGUGACGUCCUCAUUGGCAUCUCAUCUGAAAAAUGUUUGAAAGACAAAAUGUAAGAAACAGGUGUUGGAAAACAAAUAACUCAAUUUUCAACCUCUAGUAAAAGAAGUGGCGAUGACUUGUUAACUUUACCACCCCUCCCUUCAGAUAGACAUGGAGACACCUCCAGGCCAUAUACGGGGUAAUCAGCUGGCAAUGUAAUGCCAACUUCAUGUGCAUAGCACAUUUCCCCCAUAUUAGUAUGAAACUAGUCUACAUUUGAAAGAAAAAGCCAAAUCAAAAGCUAUGCAAACCCGUUUCUGAUGGUUGAAUUUUUUUGGUUCAAGGAAGGAACCAAACGUCAAGAGACGCUCAUGAGAAACCAGUCAGACAAACCUUGGUUCCCUCCUGAGCACAAGUCUUUGCCCCCAAAAAGCAGAGAGCAUGACCUGGAGGACAAUGCAAGGCUUCUGUCCAUUGUCCUGCAGACGUACCUCAACACCACCCCAACACUGACUGCAACCUGCAACCGGCCUGCUCCAUAGCAACCCCCACAGCAGCAGGUGCCCGGACAGCUCACACACCCAGCUCACUAACUGCUCAUACUGCCUCAAACUCCUCUUUUGCAAACAGGAUUCCGCAGCUUGGAGGAGAGAAUUCCAGAUUUUUUUUAUGAACAUUUUAUUUUUACGGUAAAAAUGUAUUCUCAAAUGCCACAUAUGUACAAUGCAAGAAUGGACCUAAAUUUCCUCUACACUGAUAAUGAACUGGAACAUUGGGCAGGACAGAACAAAAUUGUGACAAAGGAAUAGUCCCCAAAAUCCAUCAAAUGUGGGUUUAAGGCAACCACCAUAUGGGGCAGUGUUCCAUUCCUCUUUGCCAUGCCCAGUGUUACAGUAAUAUGCAUAACCACUUUGAGGUGGAAAGACUUAAAGCAGUUAACAUUGUCAAGACAUCCCACAACCAACCCCCUUCUAUUCAACCACAGAUAACCAUGGAAAAGGGAGACUUAGUGCAAAUCCAUCCCACACAUCACAUAAGGUCCCAUCUCCUUGCCCAACACAUACCAUUUUGUCAGUCAUCUAUGGGGUUUCAGCUCCAUUCUCCCCAGGUGACUUGGGCUGGCUCUUGGAUCUUGAUCUUGAGGCUCUUUCCGCAGGGGUGUGGCUCCUGGAACGGGACUUUGACUUGGGAGACUUGGAUCUGGAGCGGGACCUGGACGGGGACUUGGCCUUGUCUCUCUUGGGGGAGCGAGACUUGGAGCGAGAGUAGGAACGAGACCUUGAUCGGCUGUUGCGGGAGCGGCUGCGGGAACGAGAUCGGCUUCUGCUCCGGGAUCUGCUGCGUCUCCGACGCCUCGGACUGGUGGGGAGAAACCAGAAUGAGCUGUGGACCCCUUCAGAGGUUUUUUAACUAACCCAUUUCGUCAAGUAAUAUUACAGUGACACCCUGCAGCAAGCAUGGGUCCAGAGGGAAAGACACUCUUGAACAUCAUAAUCCUGGGUUUUGGAUUUAUGUUCAUGUUUACUGCUUUCCAAACAUGCGGCAAUAUAGAGCAAACUGUGAUCAAGAGUUUCAACAGUACUGAAUUCCAUGGGAGUGGAUACACAAGCAUGGCCAUCAUCUAUGGAGUUUUCUCUGCAUCCAACCUGAUUGCUCCCUCAGUAGUGGCUGUUAUAGGACCCCAGUUGUCCAUGUUCUUUAGUGGACUAGUAUACAGUGGAUACAUUGCAAUGUUCAUCCACCCCUACACUUGGAGCUUCUACACAGCGUCUGUAGUUGUUGGAAUAGCGGCUGCAAUAUUGUGGACAGCUCAGGGGAACCUACUCACCAUCAACUCUACAGAUGCCACCAUCGGCAGGAACAGUGGUAUUUUCUGGGCCUUGCUACAGUUCAGCUUAUUCUUUGGAAACAUGUAUAUUUAUUUUGCCUGGCAUGGCCAUGUUCACAUAUCAGACAAGGAUCGCCAGACGGUUUUCAUCUCUCUCACGGUCAUCAGCCUGGUGGGCAGCUUUCUGUUCUUCCUGAUCCAGAAGCCGGAGCCUGAGGCCACACCCUCCGAGGCGUCUGAGUCACUGCUGCAGACUGAGUCCACAGAGAGCGCCUCUAUCGUCGUAGCGACUCCAGGUCUCGGUUCCCAGGCUCUGGAUGCUUUCAAGAAAGCGUUGCAGUUGUCUGUCACUAAAGAGAUGCUACUGCUGAGUAUCUCCAUAGCAUACACAGGCCUAGAGUUGACAUUUUACAGUGGGGUAUACGGGACAUGUAUAGGAGCCAUGACUCAAUUUGGGGACGAUGCUAAGAGUCUGAUCGGGCUCUCUGGUAUUUUCAUUGGCCUGGGAGAGAUCCUGGGAGGGGGCGUGUUUGGGAUGCUGAACAAGUGCAACCGGUUUGGGAGGAACCCGGUUGUGCUGCUGGGGCUGAUCACUCACUUCGUGGCCUUUUACCUGAUCUUCUUGAACAUCGCCAGUGAUGCCCCUAUUGCCACAGAAGAGGGCACACACCUGCAGGCAUACAUCACCCCCAGUGUUGAGGUGGCUCUGCUGUGCAGCUUCCUGCUGGGCCUGGGGGACAGCUGCUUCAACACCCAACUGCUGAGCAUUGUGGGAUUCAUGUUCCGGGAGGACAGCGCUCCUGCCUUUGCCGUUUUCAAGUUUGUCCAGUCCAUCACUGCAGCCCUGGCCUUCUUCUACAGUAACUAUCUCCUGCUGCACUGGCAGCUGCUCAUCAUGGUUGUGGUGGGCUUCCUGGGCACGCUAUCCUUCUUCGUGGCUGAGUGGGUGGUGGUCUCCAGCCGACGGGACACUGACUAUGACAGCAUAUGACAACCUAUGGGAGGAGGGGGUCACGGUGAGAGGAGCUAUUCACAGCUGGACGGGUCAUCCGGGGAAGAGUCGGUGUAACAGCUUCCUAUCAACCUAGCUAUCCUUUGGAAUCCUUCAACUGACAGUUUGACUGGCCCACCUCAGCCCCAAUAAGCAGAGACUGUAGUAACGCUGUUUUAGCACAGUCAUUCACAGCUCUAUUGAUUCCAAUAAGCAGAGACUAGUAACACUGUUUUAGCACAGUCAUUCACAGCUCUUUUGAUUGUUGCCUUUCAAGUGGAAGAUACACUUAAAUACUGUAUAUUUUACUUUACUUGGAGUGAAUCAGUUGUGCACAGAGGAGCUUUUAUUUUCAUGUUCAAUAUCAUUCACUGUGCUUCUGUCUUCAUGUAGAAGUUCAGCUGGUUGGUUUCAAUGUGCAGUAGUCAUUGACUAAGGCUUGGCUAGACUGCUAUUCCUACCAAGGUUUCCAGUCUCAACAUGAAUCUUAUUAUACUACUUAAAUUUGAUAGAAGAAGAAAACGUAGUACAGUCGAUUCUUAAUAAGCGCACAUUGGAAAUGUACAAACUCUGUUUACAUGCAGUACAGUUUAUCAGUUCAAAUUAAAAUACACUUUUCACUUCUGCAUGCUCAGGUUUAGUAUACACAUUUAGAACACUCCCAAGCCAUUGCAUUUAUCAGGACUCCACUGCAACUAGAUUUCUUGUAAGAUGGCAUUUGUCGUAAAGGGAGAAAUUACCAAGACAAGAUAUACACUAGCUUAUUGCAAUUUAAAUUAUUUUUGUUAUAGUGAUAUCUGUAUGAAAUUGUUGAACAAUGCUCUAAAUGUUAUUUCUUUGUCAAUAUUUGCAGCACACUUUCAGAGUAUCUGUAGUAUUCCUUAGGUUUUGUCAAAAGUGGGAUCCAAAAGGCCAUAGAUAGUGUAUUGAGGAUGAUGGCAUGGCUGUUGGAUGAAUGGUGAAUUACAAAAUGUAGACCAGAAUUUUUGUGUCUAAACUGCUCUAGGUUAUAUUGCUCUGUUAAAAUGUCACAUUGAAGAACUCUUGAGCGUAUGAGUUUAUAAGGCUAUGGUUUUAUUUAGAACUCACAUUGAAACAAUGGCCUUUGCACUCUGCAAACAUCAAGCAUUUAUUUUUUGUUCUACAUUUUCAUCAUGCAAUUUCGAUUGAGGUCACAAACUGUUUACAGUGUUUGUGCUCCUCCUUGCCAAAAAUGUGAAGUCGAAUUCAUGAAUCAUUUCAUUCAUUGUGUGGAUUGCUUAAUGUAGAGUUCAGUUCUGUGGCACAUGAAAACUGAGUUUGAAGAUUGUUCAGAGCUAUUGGAUGUGAGGCAAUCAAUAGGAUUUUGAGGGAAUAAACUAUGUGUUUUGGAUUAUGAACUAGAUUUUAUACUUGAAUGUAGUUACUUAGAAAGGCACCAGGAUAUGCACGCUUGUUUUUUAAACAUUUUUAUUAUUAUAAAAUUGUUAUUUUGAGCCUUUU